AGUCGAUCACUUUAACUUCCCGCUUUCCGAAACUUCACCACCGUAACCGAAGCCGAAAUAGCUUUUUCAAAUUCUUCACCUUAGCUACCGAUUUCGGCAAUCCUAUCCCAUCCCCCGAACGAACACACCAUCACGCUACACGCGAUUCAAGUUUCAAUUACCUCUCCACAUUGCCGAGAUGGCGCCCACACAGCUUCCGGCUUCCGGGAAUCCUUUGGUCUUCUUUGACAUUUCUCUAGGAGGUGAGCCUCUUGGCCGCAUUACAUUUGAACUCUUCAAGGAUGUUGUGCCUCGCACCGCCGAGAACUUCCGUCAAUUCUGUACCGGCGAGUACAAAGACAGAAGCCAGAGCCAGGGCUACAAGGGAAGCAAAUUCCAUCGAAUCAUCCAAGGCUUCAUGAUCCAAGGUGGAGACUUCAUCAAUGGUGAUGGUACUGGAAGCGUCUGCAUCUACGGAACCCAGCAAUUCCCGGACGAAAACUUCUCUCUCAAGCACAACCAGAAGGGACUGCUUUCUAUGGCCAACUCCGGUCCCAACACCAAUGCUUGUCAAUUCUUCAUCACCACCACGGCCACCCCUCAUCUUGACGGGAAGCAUGUUGUCUUCGGCAAGGUUGUCGACGGUAUCGAAGUAGUUGAUAUGAUGGAAAAGACUAAGACUGGUCGACGUGGACGGGACAUCCCUGAUAUUGACGUCGUCAUCGCUCAAUGUGGCGAGAUGUGAAGGACUAAAAAUCCUUACUUAAUCAACGAAAUCAACAAAAUAUCAUAUUUAUGCCAUCAAUAAAAGUAAUAUUUAGACACUUAAGAUAGGCCUCUCAAAUUGGCCCUAGAGAUACGAAGCAAAGUUGCCGUCGAGAAAUCCGAUACCUCAACAUAUAGAAAACCAGCAUGCUUCAAAUUAAUUCCUCCGAGCCUUAUUCAUCCUCCAACACUGUGGUGUAUAUAUUGAUUAGGUAACAUGCUAUUGAAUGGAGAGAUGUUCCAGUCUCAAUCCAAAGUAUCUUUCGAGGUCUUCCCGGUUCGUCUCGUGC